ACUAACAAUUCUCAAGAGCAGGGCUUAUUUUUAGGAUAAAGCUAGCCUGAAAUAAACUGGGGCUGCGAAGACUGUUCCGAUAAACACAGUGUAAAAACUGAGACAGGAAAUAGAGGGUCUUGGGGGUAAUGAGUUCCAGCCACUCUUGAAACAGAAAGCUAGAGAAGGCAUUACUUGAAAAUAGUUGCUCUAUGACAGCCUGGCAAUUUUUAGCUUGUUACUUUACCAUCAAAACGAGAACACUCUCGCUGCAGACUUCAAUUGCGCUUAUGGAAGCUUCCGUCUUUUCCUUUUCUUUCUGAGUCUAUUUGGCUUUAGGUAUCUUUUCAUGUUUUUAGAAUGAUAUGAGAGCCAGUUGAUGACUGAUCUCCUUUUUAAAAAAAGCCAGAUGCUGCUAGUAAGGGAGGUGGGGAAUGCAGCCUGAAGUUUAUACAGUUGUGUAUAAACAUAGUGCUGUAGAAAAGUUUAGAGUAAGCCUGAAGGACAUAUUAAAGUCAGAAAGGUGCGGAAGUUCGGCUCACUAGAAGCUGGAAGGGAAUAAAGGAGAGUUUGUGCUUUUUCAUAACUAAACUGAAAUUGCUGCAAACCAAGGGAAGAUCUUUGCAAUGGGCCCGAAGCAUGGAUAGCGAGAUUAAUAUUUACAAACACUUCACGUGGCUAAAGAGGUCCCAGGUGAAUCAUCAUACUUCUACCAGUAAUGAGACGUAUCAAGAACGUCUGACAAGAUUAGAAGGUGAUAAAGAAUCUCUCAUAUUGCAGGUGAGUGUUCUCACAGACCAAGUUGAAGCCCAAGGAGAAAAAAUCCGAGACUUAGAAGUUUGCCUUGAAGGGCAUCAGCUGAAGCUUAAUGCUACAGAAGAGAUGCUUCAACAGGAACUGUUAAGCCGGACGCUGCUAGAAACUCAGAAAUUGGAUUUAAUGGCAGAAGUUUCAGAUCUGAAAAUCAAACUGGUUGGAAUGGAGAAGGAACAAAGCGAAUAUGAAGAGAAGCAGAACAAAGCUGAGUCAGUAGUCAACCUGAUCAGUGACCUGCAAGAACAGAUGUGUAAACUGCAACUGGAGAUUAAUAAUCAAAUCCAGGAAAGAAAAUCACACAGUAGGAAACCAAGUGUGGAGGCAAUUGGUUCUCAAAACAGCACUGAAUGGGUGACAGAGUUCCCUUCACAGGAGAACUGCUUUCAGUAUGAAAAUUUGUUACAGGAACUCAAACACCUGAAAAUUAAGGUUAUGGAGCUAGAAAAUGAAAGGAGUCAAUAUGAAUGGAAACUGAAAGCAACUAAAGCUGAAAUAGCACAGCUUCAAGAACAGCUAGCUCUAAAAGACUCAGAAAUUGAACGAUUACAGAGUCAAAUCUCGAGGACAUCAGCAAAUAAUGAAAUUGCAGAGAGAGGUAAUGAGGAAGUGUAUAAGAGAAGGCUAAAAGAAAAACACCAAGAAGUUCAGCGUUUGAAAGUAGGAAUGGAAUCACUAUUGGCUGCAAAUCAGGAAAAGGACCGCCGCAUAGAAGAGUUAACCGUUUUGCUAAGCCAGUACCGAAGAGUGAAAGAGAUAAUGCUAGCUGUCCAAGGAACCUCAGAAAGAGUUUUGUCUGGUAGUGGUGAAGUUGAUUUUGAAGCAACAUUAAAAAAAUGGAAUCACAUGCACGUGCCCCAAAUAGAAUAUAAAUCAGAGAUACCUCAAGGGGACUUGGCCCCACCUAUAUUGCUUCCUACACCACAAAAAAUACUGGAAAUCAGGGGAAGCUCUCCGGUUCCCUCAAAGAAACUAUCUUUGACAAAUGGGGAAACCCUGGAAUUUCAAAACAGGAUAUCUCAGAAAAAAAUUUCAAGCAGUCUAGAAGACUUGCAAAGUGAAUCUCUGGAAAAGCAUGUUGAUGGGAAACCAGUAGAACGUGAUCUAGAAGAAGAGAAUAAAUCUCAUGUGAAAAGCAGCAAGUACCAAACCUUGCCAGGGAAACUUCCUCGAGCAGCACACAACGGAGAUAACCACCUGUACAACACACCUACUACUCCAUGUUGUAUAAAUGGCAAUGAGGACAACGGUAUACAGAGCCUGAGAGCUCCUGACCAUAUGGACAGCACAACUUCAGAAGAACUUUCACCCUUGUCAUCUGGAACAGAUUCAGGUGCACAGUCUCCAUUAUCUCCAGACAACAAAAGAAGUCCAAAAGGAAUUAAAAAAAUAUGGGGAAAGAUACGCCGAACUCAGUCUGGAAAUUUCCCUGGAGAUGAUCUAGGUUUGGUUGAAUUUCGAAGAGGUGGUCUCCGUGCAACAGCUGGACCUCGAUUAUCUCGGUCAAAGGACACCAAGGGUCCAAAGAGUGAUCAUAAUGCCCCAUUUGCCCAAUGGGGCACUGAACGUGUUUGCAACUGGCUUGAGGACUUUGGCCUUGGUCAGUAUGUCAUUUUUGCAAGACAGUGGAUAACAUCUGGCCAUACACUUCUAACAGCAACACCUCAGGAUAUGGAAAAGGAGUUAGGAAUUAAGCAUCCUUUACACAGGAAGAAAUUGGUUUUGGCAGUCAAAGCUAUAAAUACAAAACAAGAUGAUAAGUCUGCACAGUUAGAUCAUAUCUGGGUUACACGAUGGCUUGAUGAUAUUGGUUUACCUCAGUACAAAGAUCAGUUUCAUGAAUCACGAGUUGAUGGCAGAAUGCUGCAAUAUCUAACUGUGAAUGACCUCCUCUUCCUCAAAGUUACAAGCCAGCUGCAUCACCUCAGCAUUAAAUGUGCCAUUCACGUACUACACCUGAACAAUUUUAACCCACAUUGCUUACGCAGAAGACCAGCAGAUGAGAAUAAUAUUUCCUCAUCAGAAGUAGUACAAUGGUCUAAUCAUAGAGUGAUGGAAUGGCUCAGAUCAGUAGAUUUGGCAGAAUAUGCACCAAACCUUCGAGGGAGUGGCGUUCACGGUGGACUCAUUAUCCUGGAGCCUCGUUUCAAUGGAGAUACUCUAGCAAUGCUCCUCAACAUUCCACCUCAAAAGACUCUGCUAAGACGCCACUUGACCACAAAUUUCAAUGUGCUCAUCGGGCCAGAGGCUCAGCAAGAUAAAAGGGAAAUCGUGGAAUCUACCGCUUAUACAGCUCUCACUACCACCGCGAAAGUCCGGCCAAAGAAACUUGGAUUUUCACAUUUUGGAAACUUAAGAAAAAAGAAGUUUGAUGAAUCUACAGAUUAUAUUUGCCCUAUGGAUACAAAUAUAAUCAAUGGCGCUCAGAAAAGCUAUGGUGCAUACAGAGUGCAUAACACCCUCCCUGACAAAGAAUUAGACAAACUGGAUCAGGUGGGCCAGGGGAACUGAUACACUCACCUUACAUCCUCUUGAUGCAUUCUGGAGCUUACAGAUAACCUUUUCUUAUAAUUUAACUAAAGUGCAUAAUGCAUCUGCAUGUCUUUAGUGAAUGUAUUAGGAUGAAGCUUGAAGAAUCUUUAAAAUAUCACUUGGAAUUUUUUUCCCCCAUUUGCAACUGUUUCAUCCUACUCAUCUUCUCAAGCCCUUUUUCAGGAAAAGAAAAAGCUUUACACAACAGUUGUAGCUGACAUUCAAGGCACCUAAAAUUGAGCAUGAGUGCUCUCUGAGCUGCUGUGCCAACUCAGAGCCUUUUAUAUUUCCUUUCCAAUGCCCAACAAUAAUUUUUAACAUUUUGUAUUAGCUUUUUCAUGUCCACAGUGGUAAGAAUGAUCUAUUUUAUUCUUGACAGCACAGCUGAAUUGUAUAUUUUUAUUAAAAUAUGUUCUUUUAAUUGUGCAGCGUCUGCACCAUAGUGGUUACAUACAAUAGAAAAUUAAAAUAUUGGCCUAAUGUUGGAUCUUUUCUUUUUAAAAAAAUCUGAGAAUACAAUUUCUUGAAGAAAGCAAUAAAAUAUUUACUUGGGAAAACGUC